AUGGCAUCGUGGUGUAUGAGACUACUUUCUUCUGUAAAACAAAUAGGAUUACGACGUUUAUUAAUUAUUGGUAGUGGUGGCAUAGUAUUCACUUCAGCACUGUCCUUAUGGCAGAUUGAUUUCAGUACGACAGCGCGUUUCCGUAAAGCAGACAAUGCUGACACUCACAUCAAUCUUAACAAACGAAUUUCGGGAGUAUUACCUACACGAAAAGAUUUAAUUCAGUCAUUAAAAACUGAUAAAUUUGAUGUUUUGGUAAUUGGUGGUGGUGCCACGGGUGCUGGUGUCGCUUUAGAUGCACAAACUCGAGGUCUCAAAACAGCCUUAGUAGAAUUAGAUGAUUUUUCAAGUGGAACAAGUUCUCGAAGUACAAAAUUGAUUCAUGGAGGAGUUCGAUACUUACAGGCAGCGAUAUUCGGAUUAGACUUGGAACAGUAUCGAAUGGUGAAAGAAGCCUUGUUUGAGCGUGCUAAUCUUAUUCAUUGCGCGCCUCAUCUUUCAUAUCCGUUACCAAUUAUGCUACCUAUUUACAAAUUGUGGCAAGUUCCUUAUUACUGGCUAGGUAUAAAGGCAUACGACUUCGUUUCUGGCAAGCGAGUAUUAAAAAAAUCCUAUUAUAUAAACAAAGCCCAAGCUUUAGAUCUUUUUCCGAUGCUAAAAAAAGAAUCACUAGUUGGAGCUUUGAUUUAUUACGAUGGUCAGCAUAAUGAUGCUCGCAUGAAUAUCGCUAUAAUUUUAUCUGCUAUACGUCAUGGUGCCAAAGCUGUAAAUCAUGUAAAAGUUGACAAAAUAUUGAAGGAUGCAGAAGGCAAAAUUUGCGGUGCUCAUGUCAUUGAUUGUUUAACUGACGAAGAAUGGGAUGUAAGUGCCAAAGCUGUAGUAAAUGCUACGGGUCCUUUUACUGAUUCCAUUCGUUUGAUGGCUGAUCCAGAUACGAAACCGAUUUGUCAGCCAUCGGCUGGUGUUCAUAUUGUUCUUCCCGGUUAUUACAGUCCUUCAUCGACUGGACUACUAGAUCCUUCUACAAGUGAUGGCCGUGUGAUAUUUUUCCUUCCAUGGCAACGUAUGACGGUAGCAGGAACAACUGAUGUACCGGUACCCUUAACUUUCCAUCCAUCUCCCAGUGAUGUUGACAUUGAAUUUAUUCUUCGAGAGAUAAGACAUUAUCUUUCAAGUGAUGUCAGCGUUCGGAGAGGUGAUGUAAUGAGUGCGUGGUCAGGUUUAAGACCUUUGGUAAAGGAUCCAAAUAAAAAGGAUACAAAGUCAUUGGCUCGAAAUCAUGUCAUUGAGGUUUCAAAAAGUGGACUAGUGACGAUUGCAGGAGGAAAGUGGACAACUUACAGACAUAUGGCUGAGGAGACAGUCAAUAAAGUAGUUGAAGUUGCAAAUUUAAAACCAAAACGGGAUUGUAUAACCGCUGGACUUCUGCUUGAAGGUGCACAUAAUUGGAAUCCUCUACUUCAUAUACGUCUUGUACAAGAUUAUGGUUUAGAUGAAGAUGUUGCACGACAUUUGGUCUCCACCUACGGUGAUAAGGCAUUUGCAGUUGCCAGAAUGUCAAAAAUGACUGGAAAACGAUGGCCUAUCGUUGGGCAUCGAUUGCAUUCAGAAUUUCCGUAUGUUGAGGCUGAGGUCUUGUAUGCGAUGAAAGAAUAUGCAUGCUCAGCUAUUGAUGUUAUUGCGCGUCGUUUACGUUUAGCGUUUUUAAAUACAUAUGCAGCACACGAAGUUCUUGAUAGAGUUGUAGAUAUAAUGGCUGAAGAGCUCAAUUGGUCAGUGGCGGAAAAACGGGUAGAAAAUUUUCUUCAAAAUAUAACUAUUGUGAAGUGCUCUACAAGACAGUUAGAUGCAGCUCGAAAAUUUAUUGAUGUAGAGAUGGGACAAGAUGCUCGGAAUCAUUCACUGUCUUCAAUGAAAAUCAGUUUAACAGCAGAAGAAAUGGAAGCGGCACGCCAGCGUUUCAAAACGCUGGAUAAAGAAAACAAAGGUCACAUAACAGUGAAUGAUCUUCGACGUCAUUUUUUGAAAUACGGGAGUAAAUUAGACGAAAGUGUGCUUCAUGAACUGCUUAACGAGGUUGACUUGAAUAAAAAUGGAGAGAUUGACCUUGAUGAGUUCAUACAACUAUAUAGUGGAUUGAAAGGUGGUCAAAUAGCUCAAAAUCGAUUGGCAAGAUAUCUAGAUCAGUUUGAACCACAGCCAGUGUCAGUACUACGUUCUGGAGGCGGCAUCUGA